AUGUCUUUUGCUAAUGCACCAGUCUCGAAUAGCUUGAUCAUGACGGCAUUCUCACCUAUCUCAAGUGGUCUCAAACACGAGGUCCUUGAGUCACCUUUCAACCCCGGCGAUGGGUCAAAGGGAUUGAAUACUAAGAUCAGUGCGUCUGAUCAGAAUACUGGGGCCAAAGUAAAAAACUUGAGCCCCGAGUUUUGUCCUCAAUCCGAAAAGCAAAUUGUCUCUGGAGUGCGAGUCCGUGAUUUUCAGAGAAUAAAGGAACUCGAUGACUUUAUAGCUUCUGCUUUAGCGCAAUUUCCAGUCGAUGAAUUCAUCAAAAGGUUCACUGUGGCAAAAGGGAAAUUGCAACAAUUUUACAAAUAUAAGACUCAAAUUGAUGCUGACCAAGGUAAAGAGAUUAACGACAACAUCGAGAUUAUGAAAGUAGAGAUUCUGCAAUCAAAGAAGGUUCUUUCUAUAUUAAUGGAACAAACCUGUGCUUUUAAGCAAUUGAACAAGGACUUUCCGGAGUGCAAAGUGGAGGAGUCAGUAAUAUUCGAGAAACAAUACGUUGUCGAUCAAUUGCAGAAGGCAAAAAUGAAACUAGAAGCACUGGAAAUGAUGUGCGUCAGGCUUCAUAACAUGAUCGAUCAAUGCUCGAGAAUAUUGGGAGGAAGAUGGGAUAAGUAUUAG